CUGGUAUUUUUCAAUAUUGCAUUGAUGAAGCGGUAGACCAAAGUGAUCAUGAGGGUGUAAAUCCGCUUAAACUUGGAUGUAUAAUUAGUAGUGAAUUGCUUGAUCCAGAUGUUUGGAUUCCAGUGCGUGAGAUGAACGACAAUACAGUUGACGCAAUACUUAAUCGAUUUCUACAAGUGGGCCAGAGUAAAAAACAACAGGAUAUUACACUUUGGGGUAAACCAUUUACUGUAACAUUGACAACGGUAGAUCGCAGUGCUCUUCCAGAAAAGAGAAAAAUUACUGGUGGAUCUUCUAGAAAUCGAAAACUUGCUCCAGUUCAUCACCGAAUCGAUAGUCAAUGUUUAAUUAAGGUAAAUAACUCGAGUAAUUAUUGUCUCUUCUAUGCCCUUCAAGCCUCACUUAUGGAUAAAAUUAAAAAAUGGCCACGGUGGAAAUAUUUUGAUUACAUACACAAUCGUAAAGGACAAAAAGGUGAACUACAGAAAAAUACAGAGAUAUUAAUGCGAAAAGUUGGGGCUCCAACUCGUUUAAAGGAGUACGAUGCAGAAAUAUGGGUGCCAAAAAUCGUUGAGUACUGGAACAAUUUUCUCUUCACAGGGCAGUUUAUUUUUAAAGUCUACAUUUUUGGAUCUUCAGGACAUUAUAAACCUUUGUUUAAAUUUGGUCCUGAGGAAUUUAAUAUCCCUAUCGUUCUCUAUUAUAACAACAAACAUUUUGAUGGGGUACAGAAAAUUGGUGGAUUAUUUGGUCAACCAUACUGUCUUUCUUGUGAAAAAAUUUAUAAUAGAUCGCAAAAUCACUCAAUUAAGUGUCGUUCACGGUGUUCAAAGUGUUCUCAAAUUUUGUAA